GGUCGCGAGCCCCUCUCUCCUCUGGCAGUCAGGGUUCACCAUGGGAUCCACUUUCCAUCUCCCAACCUCCCUGCUGGUUCGCCUCCCAACAGCCAAAGCACUGAGCUACCUGCUGCCCCCGUCCUCAGCGAAAGAACUGCCGACGCCAUGUCUGGUGAGCAUUCGCUUCCGGGCUGGAAAAUCUGCUUCCGCUACCGGGAGCUCUACUUCCGGGUCCUGCUGACAUUUCAAAGAGUGGCGGGAGCAGUAGCAGGUGAGCGCAGAUCUCCUGGGGUUUGUGGCCGGUACCUCCGGAGGCUUCUGCAAUGGACUGCUGGCCUCAGAGGUGAUUGAUAGCAUGUGUCGAUGGCUCUAAGAAAGCCAUCCCUCUCGCUGCUUUCCACGGAGAGUGAUUCUGAGGAAUUGCCUACAUUUGCCUUUCUGAAGAAGGAACCAUCUUCAGCUGACAGGAAUCAGCCUCAGAGGGAGAAAGUAGUGGUUGUCACCUCAGAUUCUGAGGCCUCCUGUCCUCCGUCACCAGGCGUGAAAGAUCCACCGUUUGUCCCAGACGCAGCUGAAGCUCCCACUCCAGCAGGGCCAGCCAGAGUGCUGAGCAGUGAAAGCGAGGAGGAAGAUGUAGUUGUCCCCCUGGCUCAGAGGAUCACAUGCAAGUUUUUGACACAUAGGCAGCCGAGCCCAGAGCACUCUAGCUCCUCACUUAAAACUGUUUCGGAUCAUCAAAAUAAUACAAGUGGACCACGUGACUGGAAAAAGCAGCCAUUUCCAGAGAUCCCUGAUGUUCCUCUCCACGACGCCUUGGAGAAGAGCCCAACUAAUGACUGGGACUCUGUCUUAGACGGUCCUGGCCAUCAGCUUCCAGCUUACCAGUCUACCUGCAAUGAGUUGGCAGUAACCAAAAUACUUCCGGACAUCCCACUGCCUCAGAAGAGAACCAGGCACAGUCAGAAGGUCCAGGGAAGAGGCUCUCAGGGAUGCUGGCAGCCAAGACAAGCAAGCAGGAAGGAAAACACCCCAAGGCAGCAUGAAAAGAGAAAGAAGGAAGCAAUGGAUAACAGACUGAAAGCCCAGAGGCCCGAGGAAUGCCUGAAGCACAUUGUGGUGGUGUUGGAUCCAGUGCUUUUACAGAUGGAAGGUGGAGGCCAGCUCCUGGAAGCACUGCAGUCCAUGGAGUGCAGCUGCGUGAUCGAAGCCCAGGCUGUGCCUCGAAGUAUCACUUGGAGGAGGAGGACAGAGCUGGCAGAGGAUGGAGAAGAGUGGCUGGAAGAACCAACCAUCCUGGUGUUGCUCCUGGCAGAGACCUUCAUGUCCAUGGUGUACAGCUUAAAGCAGGGAAGCCCGGGCAGUACCGAGAAAGGGAAGGAGACACUUGAGGGCUUUGUAACUGAUGUCACAGCAAGGACAGGGAAAGCAUUGUCACUGGUAAUUGUGGACCAGGAGAAAUGCUUCAGGGCUCAGAAUCCUCCAAGAAGAAGGAAAUCAGGAAUGGCAAAUAAGCAGGCCAAAGAGAAGCAGCAGAAGAGACAAGAGUCUAGCGCAAGGCUCAUGAUGUCCAGGGUAGACUUGGAAGAGGCGUUGGUGGAUCUGCAGCUACAUACAGAAGCCCAGGCUCGGAUGGUGCAGAGCUGGAAAGAGCUGGCUGACUUCGCCUGUGCGUUCACAAAGGCCGUAGCUGAAGCCCCCUUCAAGAAGCUGCGGGAUCAAACCAGCUUUUCAUUCUAUCUGGAGAAAGACUGGGCUGGAGGGAUGAAAGUGGACCGAGCCGGUAGGGGACUUGCAUUGGUCUGGAGGAGGCAGAUUCAGCAGCUGAACCGAGUCAGUUUGGAAAUGGCCAGCGCAAUUGUGGAUGCCUAUCCCUCACCACAGCUCCUGGUACAGGCUUAUCAGCGGUGCUUGUCGGAGCAAGAGCGCCAGAAUUUGCUGGCCAACAUACAGGUACGCCGUGGAGAAGGUGUGACAUCCACCUCCCGCCGUGUUGGGCCAGAACUAUCCAGGCGGAUCUACCUUCAGAUGACCACACUGCAACCGGAUCUCAUCUUAGACAGUGUUGACUGAUGUCCCACAGCAACAGGAUUAAAGAUUCCCCAACAGCAGAGAGGGGCCAGAAGUACCUCUCAGGUACAGUUAGGGAUCGAGUGUCCAUCUCCGGGGACAGAGAAGGCUGAGACACUGCAAUCUACCUCUACCAGCAUUUUCCGUUCCUCUCCCUGCAAACCAGAUGCCAUGGACAGUUAACCAUCCCACCCUGCGCCCAGUCAACUCUCACAACACAAAGGAGAAAGGCAGACCACUCGGACAUGGAUUUAAUAAUCGUAGAAAUCCAAAGAAUAAUCAUCAAAUCUCGAAGUCAGAGUGAACUCUUGCCUGCAGGUUGGCUUGACUAGGCUCAGCCACUGAGCUGCCUCAACCAGCCAGGGAACUAUGACUAGACUGACUUCUGUUUUCAUGAUGUCACCAUGUGUAGUAUGUAUUUUCGUCUCAAUAAAGCAUUUGUACCAAUG